AUGGUUAACACUGGCAAGCCUUCAAUGGACUGUUUUCCGUGUAGACGACGGAAGCUUCGAUGCGACUUGAAACCGGAAACUUGUGGCCAGUGUCGCCGAGCUCGCAUUUCAUGUCAUGGGUACCGAAAUACCCAGGAUUUAAUCUUCCGUGAUGAGACGCAUGCGGCUAAGAAAAAGGUGGUGGCCCGCCAAUGGUAUUAUGGCAAUCAGCUGGCCAUCUUGCCUCCACCUGGGCCCAACUUGAAUCUGGAUGUCGUUACACAGUGUCGAGAGACGUUUUUUGUGUUAUAUGUCACUGGGCUUUCACGCAGCUGUGCCUCUCUCCUACCGCUCUACAAUCAGGUUUCUAUGGUCAGCCAUCUAUCAUAUAGCGUCGAUGCAGUCAGCCUGGCCUUUUCUGCGAUACAGUUCGAUAGCCGAGAACUGUCAGGUUUCGCCACGAAGAAAUACUUGGCUGCCGUGAAGAGUCUCGGACUUUCACUACGUGAACCGAACGCAGUGAUAAAUGAUGAGAUUCUACAGUCGAUCCUUCUUCUCGAUCUCUAUGAGAAGCUCAUGGGGCCAAGUCUUAACAUGUCUGGAUCUUGGAUGACUCAUAUUCAGGGGGCAAUGUCAAUGAUUGAGUCUCGAGGAUUGCAGAACGUCUCCAAUCAUAUAUCAACGCAACUUACCCGAAGUGCCUUUUCUCACUUGGUGAUUAGUUGCGGCAUCGCUAAGUUUCCUAUUCCGGAUUCACAGAUUACAGUACGGAAAGAUCUUUCCAGACGCGUAAUGGAUGAGAAGUGGGACUACAUGGGGAUAUUGGUCGAUAUUGUUAAUCUGAGGGCCAUUUUACCUGAGAGUAAAGCUAAUCUGGACAGUGGGAUAAAAGAAAGAGCGUUUGAGAUAAAUCGUAAGCUUGAGUAUCUCGAGGAAUCGUUGGCAAAGACUUGCGGGCCAGUCACUAUUCGGGCUAAUACUGCUUGCUAUGCGUACUGUUUUGAUGGACAAUAUGACGUCUACCCGGCUCAUUAUGCGAUGCAAAUUUGCAAUGCUCUGCGGUCGAUGCGUUUGGAGAUGGAAGAUUUGAUGAGAGACAAAUCCCGAGAAAGCAGGAACGACGCUUCCAAAACCAUCAAUGAGAUCGCAAGGCAAAUAUGUCGCACCGUCGCACCGUACAUCAUGCCUCAUGGCAGGCCAGAGAAUGCCGAGCCUUUCACCCCGAUGCAGAAGCUUAAAUGCAAGGUGCUACUAGCCCCUCUGUUCCAGGCUGCUCAACUGUCAACAGAAGCUUGCGUGCAAGAGUGGGUUUGGAAAUCGCUGGAAUACAUGUCGGAAAGAGGAAAUAUGCGAUUAGCGAAGGAGGUCCUCAAUCUGUCAAAGAAAAGACAAAGCAUCGAUCAUUGGACAAUUUGGGCCAUGGCAGGAUGCUACGCAAUGGCAGCUUGA